AUGUUAUUCAAGGGCAAUAGCAGCCGGCUCGAGCAUUUGAUUGAGAAGAUACAGGCGAACAAGGAGAACCACGACGUCUCGGACGAUAUUAAGGAAGCGCUGGGUAGCGUGGGCAGCACGGCGGGUAGCUCUUGGCCGUCGUCUACGCCAGAGCCAUCACCGUCUCCCGCCUCCACGCCGACUUCAGCAGACGCAGCUGACCCCGAAGCGGAUGGUGAACCGCCUUUCACUCUCGGUGCCACAGAACACACUCCAUACCAGUGUCAGUUCUGCGACAAGGCGUUUCCAAGGCUGUCCUACCUAAAGAAACAUGAGCAGACACACUCGGAUCAAAUGCCGUUCCGGUGUGAAUUCUGCUCCAGACUAUUCAAACAUAAGAGAUCCCGCGAUCGUCACGUCAAAUUGCAUACAGGAGAUAGGAAAUACCGAUGUGCGCACUGCGAGUCUGCGUUCUCUCGAAGUGAUCACCUGAAAAUUCAUAUGAAAACGCAUGACAAUCAAAAACCGUUCCAAUGCACCGUAUGCAACCGGGGCUACAAUACAGCGGCGGCUCUGACGUCUCAUAUGCAGGGGCACAAAAGGGACAGAGAUGGCAGAGAGGUGGACCGCAGAAGAGCGUUGCGUUGCGUCCACUGCGGAGAGACAUUUCGAAGACCAGAUAUGCUUCAGACACACAUGGCAACAGCCCAUGCUAACAUGACACCUCCACGCCGCGUCGCCUCUCAACCGCCACCCACACUCCUCGCCUGCAUUUAUUGCACCCGGGAUACAUUCACGAGCAUGGAACAGUUGCAAUUGCACGUGCGAGCAUCCCACUCGGCGCUAUUAAACGGGGAAGGCCCAACAGUGGAACAACCAGUCCCAACCGACCUCAGCCGUCGCGGUUCAGAAGGCACACCACCAGCGAAGAGACCGAGAUCCAGUUCUGGAACUGUGACUCCUCAAACAGUUCUCUCGCCCAGUACGCUGUUGUGUAAUCAAUGUGAUGCCGCCUUACCCGACUUCGAAGCAUUCCGAGCGCAUUUGAAGGGCCACCUGGAUGAAGGGUCUGACUUGACUCAAACGGGACCAGCGCCGUGUCUCCAUUGCGGUGCCACCUUCUCUGAUCCUGUUGCAUCUGAGCGCCAUCUAGCGGCUCAUUAUUUGGCGGUGUCUUGCGAGUAUACCUGUCAUAGUUGCGCCCGAAGUUUCCCGGCUCCAGACGAUUUGCAGAAGCAUCUCUUCGAGCAGCACGCUCAUAGUUUAUAUCGGUGCACACUUUGUAAGGAGAUAUUCGAAUCGAAAGUGGCUAUACAGGUGCAUUUUGCUGUGGCACACAGCGUUGAGAAUAAAAUCUGGGUGUGUCGAUCCUGUGGUUCGAAUGGAGGUGCAUUGCGAUCAGAGGCGGAAUGCACGGCUCAUGUGAGGAACCGUCACGCAGCUGCCAGAUGCGCGUGCGGCGCGGUUCUAGCUGGUGCCAGGGCGUUAAGAGAACACGCAGCAGCACACCAUACAUAUAGAUGCCCCGUGCCUACUUGCACCGAUACCUUUGCAGUUCAAUACCUAUUAGAACGACACAUGCAAGUUCAUCACACUAUUCCUCAAGACAUCAACGGUGACAUAUCAAGGACGAAGCGGUCCGAAAACAAUAACGCGGUAGAGGAACCAUGCACUCCAUGUAUUACUGGUGAGAAUCAAGGUGAAGAGCGACGACGGAAAAAUGGCGCUGUUGCUCUGCAAUGCGCAUAUUGUGGGGAGAGGACUCGCAGUCGAGCCGAGCUGGAGGCACAUACGCGAGCACACUCAGGAACUACAGCUGCGAGGCACAAGUGUCUCAUUUGUGAUGAAGUCCUUCCUUCAGCAGCGGUGCUCGCCGAACAUAAAUUGACGCAUUGCAAGGUGGUCGCUGGCGAUACGUGUGCCAGAUGUCGCUCGAGACUACCAUCCGAAGACGCAUUCUUGACUCACAUGGCCCGACAUCAUCCAACCCUCCCAGCUCCUUGUAUCAUAUGCAGACAGACGUUAGCGUCAGAAGCCGAGGCCCGCCUUCACGCAAGAUUCCACCUAAGACCUAAUGAAGACGAGCAGCGAUGCGCCAUUUGCUUAAAAACUUUAUCGGAAAGUGAAGCUGGGGAAGGUGUUCGGGCCUGUUCGUCUUGUUACGCGAGACACGCGACACCAAGGCCCCCGCCACCAACUGAUAAUGACUGUAGACUCUGCAGACGGGCUCUCGAGUCUCCUACUCGUCUCCAAACCCACCUCAUAGAGCAUACAUUUGCCGGGAUAGGAUCAUUUAGUUGCUACUUAUGCUCGGCCGUUUUUACAAGUGCAGCUGGCCUACAGAGACACCUCCCCGAACACCCCGCUGCUACUAGACCCUACGAUUGUGGUAGAUGUGGUUUAAAGUUCUUCUUCCGAGCCGAGCUGGAUAACCACGCUCUUAUACACCUUGAAGAAGCAGAGUUAGCCCAAAGAGCUUUCUACGAAGCGUACGCUCGAGGAGCUGCGUCUGCUUGGGUCGCUUUACAAUCUGAGACUUCUCCUAAAACUGCAUCAACACCAUUAGCAGAAGUACAAGUGAAACAAGAGAGUGAAAUUAAGGAAGAGAAGAAUGAUGAAUACAUUGAAGUAUCUUCGCCACCGCCUGUUGAAAAAACUGCUUCUGAUUUGGCAGUUAUUAAACAAGAAAAACCCGAAGAGGAGUGA